AUGGAUAUGGCCUCUACAUCUAAGAAGAAAUCGGUGAGAAGAGACUUGCUUUCGGAAUUACGAGAGGCUCGAGAGCCGGCUGAAGAAAGGAAGGCUGAGAAAUCCUCUACGAAGGAAUGGGUAAAGAAGGUGUUCGAUAAGAGCGAGGAGAAUCCGGCAGCAGUGGGAGCUUCGGCGAAGAGGCGCUGA